AUGAAAGUUCGUCCCUUCAAGGUGAAGCCGCAGCAAGAGCCCGAGCCCGAGCCAGAAUCUGAGACCCCGGGGUGGCGGCCGGCGGAAGGGACGCCAGAGGAGGGUGCUGGGCCCAGCGGGGAGGAGCCAGGCUCGGAGGAGGAGGCGGCGACUUUGGAGCCCCGGUCGCAGGAACCUGAGCUAGGUACCUCAGAAACCUCGGGGGCCUCAGUGCCCGGGCGAGGGCCCUGCCCGCGCCGCCUGCGCACCAACUGCCUGGAGGCGCCACUGUCCCGCGCCUUCGCGCACCUGGGCGGCGCCGUGGGCGAGCACCCCUGGGUCUUCCUGCUCCUUCCCGCGCUGCUCACUGCUGCACUGGGCACCGGCUUCCGGUACGUGGGCUCGGAGGAAGAGGACCUGGAGGAGAACUACACGCCGAUCGGGAGCCCAGCCAAGGACGAGCGGCACUUUGUACAGGAACAUUUCUCCACCAACGAUUCCUACAUCUUCUCACCCUCCAGGAUGAGCUCCGAAACCAACUUCGCCUCCAUUCUGGUGGUCUCCAAUGCCAACACACUGCUGGACCAGGAAUCCUUUGCAGAAGUUGAUAGUUUGGACCAAGCGGUGCAGACUGUCAGCGUGCAGGAAAACGGAACCCAGGUCCCAUACACGGAGGUGUGUGCCAAGUACCAGGGCCUCUGCGUGCCCUCCAACCCACUGCUGUACUCCUGGCAGCAGGACAGGACCUUCGACCUGACGAGGGUCAGCUUCCCUGUCCAUGAGCACACUGGCCGCACCAUCAGCCUGGUGGGCUUCUUCGGAGGGAAUACCUUGGGUAAGACGGUGGGAGGGAGUCGGUUACUGCUGGAGGCCAAAGCCUUGCGGCUGCUAUACUACCUGAAGACAGAGCGCAGGGAGGACAACGAGCGGAGCAGGAAGUGGCUGAUCCACUUUCUGAACCAGUUUAAAGACAUUAAGAAGAGGCUGGCCUUGAAGAAGGUCCAGGUGUUCCACUUUACAUCACUUUCCCGACAACUGGAAUUUGAGGUGACAUCUAAAACAGUCAUCCCUUUGUUUCACUUGGCAUACCUUCUGGUCAUACUGUUUGCAGUCACAUCAUGCUUCAGAUUGGACUGUAUACGAAGCAAAGUAUUGGUUGCAGUCUUUGGAGUGUCUUCUGCUGUUUUGGCAGUGGUAAGCAGCUUUGGUCUGAUGCUGCACAUUGGAGUACCAUUUGUGAUCAUAGUUAAAAAUUCACCAUUUCUCAUUCUAGGUGUUGGUGUUGAUGACAUGUUCAUUAUGAUUUCUGCCUGGCAGAAGACAAGCCUCAUGGACAGCAUAAGAAAGCGAAUGUCCAAGGUCUAUGCACAUGUAGCAGUGUCCAUCACAAUCACCACCACCACCAACGUCCUGGCCUUCUACACAGGGAUCAUGAGCUCUUUCAGAUCCAUACAGUACUUUUGCAUUUACACCGGAACAACCCUGCUUUUUUGCUAUUUUUAUAGCAUCACCUGGUUUGGAGCGGUUAUGGCCCUGGAUGGUAAAAGAGAAGUAGUCUGCCUACAGUGGUUGAAAAGGCCAGGCCAGAAAUGGUCCUCAUUAAAAAAGGCCUGCUGCCUCCCCUUUGGUUCUGUCCCAGAUGAACGGGAAACUGAUGUCCAUCCAAUGAAUGUGUUCUUUAGAGACUAUUUUGGUCCUUUUCUUACACGCACCAAGACCAAGUUUUUCAUAGUGCUGACAUACAUUUUGUACAUGACAAGUAGUAUAUAUGGGUGUUUACAAGUGCAGGAAGGCUUGGACCUUCGAAAUCUGGCUGGUGAUGAUUCCUAUAUCACACCAUAUUUUGAUACCGAGGAAGAUUAUUUUUCCGAUUAUGGUCCCAGGGUUAUGGUUGUUAUUACUGAAAAUGUUAAAUACUGGGAUGAAGAUGUAAGGCAAACACUGGAAAAAUGUAUGAUGAAUUUUGAAGAUAAUAAAUAUGUAGAUAAAAAUGUUACAGAGUUUUGGCUACAAACGUAUGUGCAAUAUAUGAAAAAUAACACUCAAGAUCUUAAUGAUAAGAAUUCUUUUAUAGAUAAUAUUUCUGCAUUUUUAAAUACUUUUCCAAAUUUUAUGUAUGAUAUUAAUAUUUCUUCAUCAAAUGAAAUCAUUUCUUCCAGGGGCUUCAUUCAGACUAGAGAUGUCGCUUACACAAUCAGUAAGAAGUUCAUGUUACAACAGUUAAGAGGUAUAGCCAAAAAAUGUGAGGUCCCCCUGCUUGUGUAUAACCAUGCCUUCAUAUAUUUUGACCAAUAUGGGGCAAUACUGGAAAACACUUUGCGCAAUGUCAUUGUUGCAUCAGCAGCUAUGUUCCUGGUCUCCUUGGUGCUCAUCCCUCACCCAAUGUGUGCCUUGUGGGUGACAUUUGCUAUUGCUUCUGUGAUUGUGGGAGUGACAGGUUUCAUGGCAUUCUGGAAUGUUAAUCUCGAUUCUAUAUCCAUGAUUAACCUUGUCAUUUGUAUAGGGUUUUCCUUCGAUUUUUCUGCACACAUUUCCUAUGCCUUUGUUUCCAGUUCUGAGCCCUCAGCAAAUGGAAAGGCAAUUGAGGCCUUGCAUCUCUUGGGCUACCCAGUGUUACAGAGUGCAACUUCAACAAUAAUAGGGGUGUGCAUUUUAGCUGCAGCCCAAGCAUACAUUUUCAGGACAUUUUUUAAGGUUAUGUUUCUUGUAAUGGUAUUUGGGGCUGCCCAUGGUCUCAUUUUUAUUCCAGUAUUCUUAACCUUUACCUGAAGGUCUGUUUGAGAAGCCACUGAAAAAAAGACCAGUUAUAGAAUUCCUGUCCAAUCUGAUUUUUUUAAAUACACAAUUAAGAAAAGUUGAUAAACUUUAA